CCUUGAAAAAUACUACGACAAACUUGUGGACAUCCUUGAAUGUUUGGAUUCUUGCUCACUUUUAAUCUUCUCCACUAAAAUGUCACCAACAAUACUACCUUUUUGCAGUCUCUUGAGAUCACUAUUACAGAGUACAGAGUGUACAACCCCAAAUUAAACGGAUCUUCAGAAAACCCAAAAGCAAAAAAGAAGUCUUUAACAAAUGGCACUCACAUUUAGAGCAAACUCCAUAACAAUAAAUCUCACUUUUUACAACUCCACAAAUAAACCCUUUUCUAAGAAAACCCUAAUCCCUACCAAAAUCAAAACAAGACCCAUUUAUCAUUUCAAUUCACUAAUCAGUUUUGUUCCUUCAACUUCUUCAUCAAUGUCUGUGAAAAACGGUGGGUUAUCUUCUACUGUGAUUAAGAGUUCUUUGAUUGAUCCUGAUGGUGGACCAUUAGUUAAUCUUGUGGUACCUAAAAGUGAAAGAGAUUUGAAAAGAAAAGAAGCUGAAUCAAUGCCAAAAGUAAAGAUUACUAAGAUUGAUCUUGAAUGGGUACAUGUAAUUAGUGAAGGAUGGGCAAAUCCAUUAAAAGGGUUUAUGAGAGAAGAUGAGUAUUUACAGAGUUUGCAUUUUAAUUGUAUUAAAAUGAAGGAUGGAUCAAUUGUGAAUAUGUCUCUUCCAAUUGUUUUGGCUAUUGAUGAUAAUGAUAAAGUAGCUAUUGCUGAGUCUCAAGAUGUUGCUUUGGUUGGGCCUAAUGGGGAUUUGGUUGCUAUUCUCAGAAGUGUUGAAGUAUAUAAGCAUAACAAAGAAGAGAGAAUUGCUAGAACCUGGGGAACAACAGCUCCAGGAUUACCUUAUGUCGAAGAGGUGAUAACACCAGCAGGAAAUUGGCUUAUCGGUGGGGAUUUGGAAGUUAUAGAACCUAUUAAAUACAAUGAUGGUCUUGAUCAAUACAGGCUUUCUCCAAGUGAACUACGCCAAGAAUUUGAUAAGCGUGAAGCUGAUGCAGUUUUUGCUUUUCAAUUGAGAAAUCCUGUACAUAAUGGUCACGCAUUAUUGAUGAAUGACACACGUAAGAGACUUUUGGAUAUGGGUUACAAGAAUCCAAUCUUACUGCUUCACCCUUUAGGUGGUUUUGUUAAGGCUGAUGAUGUGCCAUUGGAUGUUCGGAUGGAGCAACACAGCAAGGUUCUCGAAGACGGUGUUCUUGACCCCAAGACCACUAUUGUGGCUAUAUUCCCAUCACCCAUGCACUAUGCAGGUCCAACUGAAGUACAAUGGCAUGCAAAGGCAAGAAUAAAUGCAGGGGCUAAUUUCUACAUCGUUGGUCGAGACCCUGCUGGUAUGGGUCAUCCAACAGAGAAGAGGGAUCUGUACGAUCCAGAUCACGGGAAAAAGGUUUUAAGCAUGGCUCCAGGUUUGGAGAAGCUUAACAUUUUGCCAUUCAAGGUGGCAGCUUACGACACACAAGCAAAGAAAAUGGCGUUCUUUGAUCCUUCACGAGCUAAGGAUUUUCUCUUCAUCUCCGGUACCAAGAUGCGUGCUUUCGCGAAAAGCGGUGAGAACCCUCCUGACGGUUUUAUGUGCCCUGGGGGUUGGCGUGUGUUGGUAAAUUAUUAUGCAAGUUUGCAAAAUGAAGAGAGCCAGCAACCUGCUGCUUUGUCUUCCUGAACAGACCGUUGAAGCCAGAGUUACCAUGAGCAGAAUUUUGCGGGAGCAAGCGUAAAGUGUCUACUGUAAGUUAAUAGGGUUUGAUGGAGCAAUAUUCCUAAUAGGAGUUUCUGUUAGCCAAUAUAACCAACUUUUAGAAAGUACAUCUGUACUGAUUUUCUUGGUUUUGUUUCUCCAUUUGUUGGGUGAGUGUUGGAAAGAGUAUUCUACCUACUAAUACGGUUCAUCCAUAUGAUUUUUUCUUUUGAAGUUGUUCAAGAGAAUGAAUGAAUGUAUAAAAGUUCAUUCACGUUUGCUUUGACAACUUAUCGCUAAUAAAAAAAUCUGGUCCCUUAUUCUCA